AGCUCAUUUGUAGAGGGCACGGUGCCAGGUGCUGGGUCUGCGAAGAGAAACGAGACACCGCCCUACGCUCAGAAAUUAACAACGACAAUUAACAGAAAUUAGCAAAACCUUCACGAGUCUGGGGAGAACAGAUUAGGCGCUGCCAGUUUCCCACGGGUCUCUCUUGGAAGACAGAGUCAGAAGCCAAACGCGGGAGAGGAGAGAGGCAGUGGCGCGCGACAGAGGGUCAGGCAGCAGGGGGGCCCGAGGGACGAGGGCACCCGGCUUUCCCUAGGGAGGGGAUCUGUCAAGGCCACUCCAACGUUUAUCAGAGGUUGCAGGGAAAAUAGGUUUGUUUUUCUUUUAGAAAGACCGAGCCCUUUUCCCCACUGGGCUCCAAGUCUAGUAGGGGAAGCGCCGCCUCUUUGGUCCGUGGAUUGGCCCAACUCCUCUUGAGAUAAUUUAUGCCAGCAUCUUCUGGGUCUGAUUGGCUCCCCCGCCCAGUUCCGCGGGGAGUCGCAUCCUACCUGGCUGGGAGGCUGCACUGCCAUCCCACACUCUCCAUUCCCGUACUCACCGGGCUGCAGCCGAGGUGGGAAAAAAAGUCCUGGCUGAGGAAUUGAGCGAAAAAAACGCUCCCGAUGGGUUCUUGGAAAGCCUUUCACUUCUCCCCUUUCCUUCUGUGGAGUCAAAGUAGAGGGGUGAGGCUGAUGUUCCUGCUACUGACCCUGCAUUUGGGAAACUGCGUUGAUAAAGCAGAUGAUGAAGAUGAUGAAGACUUAACAGUGAACAAAACUUGGGUCUUGGCACCAAAGAUUCAUGAAGGAGAUAUAACACAAAUUCUCAACUCACUGCUUCAAGGCUAUGACAAUAAACUUCGCCCAGAUAUAGGAGUGAGGCCCACAGUAAUUGAAACUGAUGUUUAUGUGAACAGCAUUGGACCAGUUGAUCCCAUAAAUAUGGAAUACACAAUAGAUAUAAUUUUUGCCCAAACCUGGUUUGAUAGUCGUUUAAAAUUCAAUAGCACCAUGAAAGUGCUCAUGCUUAACAGUAAUAUGGUUGGAAAAAUUUGGAUUCCUGACACUUUCUUCAGAAACUCAAGAAAAUCUGAUGCGCAUUGGAUAACAACUCCUAAUCGUCUGCUUCGAAUUUGGAAUGAUGGACGAGUUCUAUAUACUCUAAGAUUAACAAUUAAUGCAGAAUGUUAUCUUCAGCUUCAUAACUUUCCUAUGGAUGAACAUUCCUGUCCACUAGAAUUUUCAAGCUAUGGAUAUCCUAAAAAUGAAAUUCAGUAUAAGUGGAAAAAGCCUUCUGUAGAAGUGGCUGAUCCUAAAUAUUGGAGAUUAUAUCAAUUUGCAUUUGUAGGGUUACGGAACUCAACUGAAAUUUCUCACACAAUCUCUGGAGAUUAUAUUAUCAUGACAAUUUUUUUUGACCUGAGCAGACGAAUGGGGUAUUUCACUAUUCAGACCUACAUUCCGUGUAUUCUGACAGUUGUUCUUUCUUGGGUGUCUUUUUGGAUCAAUAAAGAUGCAGUACCGGCAAGAACAUCACUGGGUAUCACUACAGUUCUGACUAUGACAACUCUGAGCACAAUUGCCAGGAAAUCAUUACCGAAGGUUUCUUAUGUGACUGCGAUGGAUCUCUUUGUUUCUGUUUGUUUCAUUUUCGUGUUUGCAGCCCUGAUGGAAUAUGGCACCUUGCAUUAUUUCACCAGCAACAAAAAAGUAAAGACGACGCGAGAUAGAAAGCUAAAAGACAAGGCCUCGGUGUCCCUUGGACUCCAUCCUGGAUCCACUCUGAUUCCAAUGAAUAGCAUUUCUGUGCCACAUGGAGAAGAUGACCAUGGAUAUCAGUGUUUGGAGGGCAAAGACUGCACCAGCUUCUUCUGUUGCUUUGAAGACUGCAGAACAGGAUCAUGGAGGGAAGGGAGGGUACACAUACGCAUUGCCAAAAUUGAUUCCUAUUCUCGAAUAUUUUUCCCAACAGCUUUUGCCCUGUUCAACCUGGUCUACUGGGUUGGCUACCUUUACUUGUAAGUUCUACUUAAUAGGCAAAACUCAUAAGAAGUUUGACAAAAUCCAGUGUCGUCUAUUGUACUUCAGUAACAAGAGGUUUAAAUUUAAAAUGCAGAGAAACCAAUGGUCAAAAUGCCAACAGUAUUAUUAACUGUUUUAGGGACUUCAUGGUUAAAUAAAGUAGUAGCCUUUGUGUUAAUUUACUUAAACAUAUAAACCACAUUAGUGGCAAAAUUUAGUAUAUUAAAAUAUUAUCAUAUAUUUUUAUCUUAAUUUUAUUUAUUUACUUAUAUCUCAUUAGAAUUUUGUAUUUAUAAGUUCUAUGGUUCAUAUUUUAAAGAGGGGAUAAUUUUAAUACAUGUUUUAUUUAAAUAUAAUCUAUCAUUGUUUGUAAUGGCAACCUAAUCUAAUGCUAAUAUUUAUGUAGUAAUUAUUUGCCCAAAAAAUACCAGUAAUUUAAUUUUUUUUCUUACUUUUUAUUUGAUUGCCUUAUUUAGGAUAGAGCUAGUUAAAUACAGAAAGCCAUGAUUUCCUGGGAUUUAUUUCCAGAUGUUUCACUCCAAAGAAGA